GCCUAAGAGAUGCUGCGACGCCUGCGCCAGUAACUGACUUAGGUGCUGCAGCGAGCAAUGGCAGCUCCGGCGUUGGCGGCCCAGGUGCGGCUCGGCGUGUGCGGCGUGAGGGGCCUGCAAGCCCGAGGAUUCAAGUCCGAUCAGCCUGUAAAUACGACUCCCACGGCGGCUCCAUCCGAGAGGGGCGGUGGGGCCUUCGCCAAGAGAGAAAAGGCUGAAGAGGAGCGCUACUUUCGAGCGCGAUCCAAAGAACAGCUGGCAGCCUUGAAGCAGCACCAUGAAGACGAGAUUGAUAUUCAUAAGAAGGAGAUUGAGCGUCUGCAGAAAGAAAUUGAGCGGCACAAGAAGAAGAUUCACAUGUUGAAAAAACAUGAUGAUGAUGACUAAGUGCUCACAGUUCCUUGUAGAAUGGCUACAAAUCAUUGUCCCCAUUCUAUGUACAAGUUAUGGUUUACUUCUAUAUUGAUAUGUAUUAUCACAGAUUACAAUAAAUCUU